AUGUCCAUCAAUACUGCCCCCUCGUCGCCCCCCAGCCAGGCGUCUCCCGCAGCAGCAGCAGCAGCCGCUGCUGCUGCUUCGCACGACCACACCAAAUUUAAUAAUCCCAUCAGAUUGCCGAUAUCCAUCUCUCUCACCAUUAACGAUACGCUUAAUCACAGCAGCAAUAACAAUGGCGGUACCAAUGGUUUGGGCAUUUUGCCCUCGCGCACGGCUACUUCUUUGGCCAUGGUGAACGGUAACAGUGUCAAUGCUGCUACUGCUGCUGCUGCCGCCGCCACAGAGACAAGUGCAGUCCCCGCUGUGGCCAGCACGAAGAGUAUCCGCCAUUUCGUGUAUCCUCCAAACCAAGUAAACCAGAUCGACUUCUCGUUAGACAUACACCCCCCACCAAACACCUCGCUGCCCGAGCGGAUAGACCAGCCCACUUUGAAACACAGAAUGGACAAGCACGGGCUCUUCAGCAUCAGGCUGACCCCUUUUAUAGACACGUCAUCCUCUUCUUCAGCCAACCAGGGUCUUUUCUUCGACCCCAUCAUAAGAACCGCGGGCGCAGGCUCGCAGAUAAUUAUUGGAAGGUAUACCGAGAGAGUAAGAGAGGCCAUUUCCAAGAUCCCGGAUCAGUAUCAUCCAGUGGUCUUCAAAUCCAAAGUAAUAUCACGGACCCAUGGCUGUUUCAAAGUCGAUGAUCAGGGCAACUGGUUCUUAAAGGACGUCAAGUCCUCCAGUGGAACGUUUCUGAACCACCAACGCUUGUCGUCGGCCUCCACUACCUCCAGCGACCACCUUCUACACGAUGGCGACAUCAUACAGCUUGGCAUGGACUUUCGCGGCGGCACAGAAGAGAUAUAUCGAUGUGUCAAGAUGAAAAUCGAACUGAACAAGUCCUGGAAGCUGAAGGCCAAUGCAUUUAACAAAGAGGCUUUGAACCGAAUAAAAAACCUGCAAAAACUAACCACGGGUCUAGAACAAGAAGACUGCUCCAUUUGCCUAAACAAAAUCAAACCUUGCCAAGCCAUUUUCAUAUCUCCAUGCGCUCAUAGUUGGCAUUUCCAUUGUGUGAGAAGACUAGUAAUUUUAAGCUAUCCUCAAUUCAUGUGCCCCAACUGUAGAUCGAACUGUGACUUAGAAGCCACUCUAGAAUCCGAAUCUGAAUCUGAAUCUGAAUUCGAAUCCGAAAACGAGUCAGACAUCGAGAUGAAUAUCGACAUGGAUACGAAUAACAAUUUAGGCGUUCGCUUAAUAGAUUAA